AUGGCCUCCUUGAGAGCUUCAGAGACGGACGAGGAGUACAACGAACGAGACCAGCUUCUCCAGGAGCUGUCGGACAUGAUCGACUCCAUUGCGCUGAAGAAACGAGCAUUCAAGGAAGAGAAGAGCAAGAAUGAAGACAAACGAGAGUCCGAUGGGCAAAUGCUUCGAAAUGCAGCUAUGGCGUCGAUGAUCCGCUCCUCUGUUGAUGCUGGCCACGAGAUCGUCGAAACGAUUGAAACGUGGUUCAGCGGAUACAUCGGCCAGCACAUUGCUUUCGAUUAA